UUUUGAAUUUAGAACAGUAACUAAGUGUAAAAUGUGUCUCGUUUCCAUGGAUACAUUCAUAUUAAUGAUAACAUACAGUUUAAAAUGUAUACUUAUGUGUAAUUAUCAAUUAAUAAUACUAUAUAGUACACCAACUAAUACUCUGAAUUGCCUUAUAUCUAAGAAUAACAAUUAUGGAAAAACGCAGAUCAACAAUUACAACCCUACCUGCUAUAGAAACUUUACAACGAAAUGUUAGAAAAACUCCUGCUUGCUAUAAAAGAAAAUCUCGAGAUAUACCCUUUCAUAUACCACAUAAAAAAUUAAUGGAAAGGAUAGAAUUUGUAGAGAAGGAACCAGAACCUUUGACUGGGUUUGCGGUUGCACAAGAAGAAAGGUUUAAAAGGGAAAGAAAAGUUGGAAAACUUCAUUUAGAACCUAUUAAGUUUGAUAAUGGUAGGUUAACAAAAGAGAAAAAGAAAAAGACGCUUAAAAUACGUGAUUCAAGUAGCAGCUCUGAAAUAAGGAAAACGGAUAUAUGUACUAGUGACCCGUUAAAGGUUAAGCCUGAAGUGGCUUCGCAGAAGGAAGUUAUAGAACAAGUUCGCAAAAACCCCUCGUGUGGUUUUCUAUAUAUGAUAUACGCUGUACACCCACAGAAUGUUUACUUUACACCGUAUUAUCUCAAAGUUGUCCCUUACGAUGAGAUCGAUAAAGCGAAUUACCUCACCAUCAGUCCAUGUGGCGUAACGCAUUACACAAAUGAAAUGGUCUUCACUAAAUUGUCUGAAUGGGAGCAAGAGUACACAAUAUUUGUUAAACUUACAGACAUAAAAUUUUUCCGCCUAUAUCGUUAUUGGAAAGCAUAUUAUGUUUGGCGUAAAUCGAUAUUGUUCCGUAAGUACAAUAAAACACGAACGAAGAUCGCUAAAAAAUUAUUUAUCUUGACGCCAGUAUUGGGGAAAGCUCUGCUGAGUAUACAGGCUAUGUGUUGCGAUAUGUACAUGAAGAGUUUUGCCGAUGUGUCUCGAGAUAUGGAUACCGCGUUCUUUUAUUUCAUUGAAGUUCAGAUGAAACGCGUUGAGUAUAUUCGUGAAAAGUUGUCGGCUUUUCGGUCGAUAGUACUAGAAGUGGUUACAGCAGCUUGCCAUGCGGCACUGUAUCAGCAAGGUUUUACAUUCGACGAUAGAAAUGUCCCGCCCUUCCAAAUAAUACGAGGCAAGCCUACUGGAGGCAUGUCUUACACCGAGAAAGCAAAUAAGAGGAAGUAUUGUGAAAGACUUGCUUGUUUCAUAAAGCUGGUGGAUUAUAUGACAAACUACAUGCUACAUCGUCUCACGAAAAAGUCUAACAUGAUGAUGGCAAAUAUGCUGCGAACACACAUGCGAUUCACCCCUUCGCCGGAAUUACUCGCUGGUACUGAUGUCGAUGAGGUCUUAGAGGUCUUGCCGCGGCAGACUGAGACUUGCAAGUGGGCUCUUUUUCAAAUCGAUGCAUACGUUCUACCGUCUGGAGAGGUUCAGCUCAAUCCAAGCGAAAAAAUAGUUUCCGGUUACAUGGAAAAAAUAACUAAUUACUGGGACGAAUACGUACGCACUUUUCAUAAUUUCCUGAACGAGGAAACAUUGCAGAUAUUUGUGCAGCCCACUGUGAUGGGAAAGCAAAUGGACUGGUCGGCGGGACAGUCACCUAAUCUGUACUUUUUAAUGAACCAAGACAAAGCAAUGAUAAGUGAUAUUCAAUUCAUACCAAAUUCUCUUCACCAGUCAUUUGAAAAUGUAUGGACUUUCUUGCAAAGGAUGAAUGCUUUCAUGCAGAACUUUAAAGACGCUUGCGAAAUGGACACUGACCUGAUUAAAAAUGAAAGAGACGUAAAUGAGUUUCGAAAAUUAUGUACGGAGCUAGUGAGACAAAUGGAUGAAAUUGAAGAAGUCGUUAGUUACCAACCAUUAGGAUUACUGUUUCUUAACCUUUGUCCUUUCCAAGAGUUAUUUAGACCGCAACCCAGAAGAUUAUUUGAUGUUGUUAACAAUGUUACACCUGAUAUUGGUCACGACUGUAUAGAAGAGAUCCUGUCUGGUAUCGAAUCCAUUAAUAAUGAUGUAUCAAAGGAGCCGGAAAGUGCCGGAGAGUUGGUCGCCUUUAAUUACUUGUUAGACGGCCUCGAGAGUCGAGUGGCGGUUCUUGAAGAAAGACUUGAAUAUUUACGAGAGCUUUAUGAUCUUAUGGGUGAAUUCAGUAUCGGAAUACCACCGGAUGAUAUGAACGAAUUUCUAGGUUUAAGUGUGGUUCUGGGCACAUUACGUACAAAUGUCGAUGCGCGACUGGAAACACGCAGCAAACUUGCCGGUAUGUUCGCGAGCCAAGUCGGGAAAGAUAUAAUGGAGUUGAUUGUCGAUAUUAACAAACUGAGGGAUGAAAUAGCGCAACCAUGGCUCUAUGAGGAGAAAUCGGAUAUGGAGAAAGUUAUGGAAGUUUUAAACGAUUUAAUGGAAAAACUAAUGAGCUACUCAGCGAGGGAUAAACAGAUACGCGAAUGGCAGAAGAUAUUCAAGAUUCCACCGGCUAGACUAGAACAACUUGAUGAAGCCAUUAAUGACGUCAAGUUGAGGCAAAUGCUUUGGAAAUCUGCAAAGGAGUGGAACGACGCAUACAAAACAUGGUAUGAAGUGCCUUUCAAUACUUUGGAUAUGGACGAGAUACAGUCAACAACGAUCAACUUCGGAAAGAUAUUCAAUCAACUCGACAAGGGACUGCCGCCUAAUAAAAUAGUACCCAGAUGUAAGGAGACAAUCGAUAUCAUCAAAGAAAAGCUGCCAGUUAUGUCGUAUCUCCGAAACCCGGCCUUGAAGCCACGUCAUUGGAUAAAAAUUGAGGAGAUACUACACACUCGUAUUACACCUGACACAGUAGUGACGCUAGGCAUGCUAGAAGAACUCCAGGCAUUCCAGCAUGCAGAGGAAUUGAUGGAGGUCGCAGGACAAGCAAGCUCAGAGGCCGGUCUCGAGGCUUUAUUAAAGAAGGUGGAAGAAAUAUGGGCGACGCUUGAGUUCCCCGUAGUAUUACACAAGGACGCUCGAGAUGUCUACGUGUUGGGAGGCUUGGAUGAGAUACAAGCUAGUGUGGACGAGAGCAACAUACACGUGAGCACAAUACUGAGCUCGAGAAACUGUGGACCGAUCCGCAGCAGGGUCGAGGAGUGGGCGAAGAACUUGGAGCUGUUCGCUAAAACUUUGGAGGAGUGGUACAUAUGUCAACAAACCUGGAUCUACCUGGAAGUUAUCUUUUCCGCUCCAGACAUUCAGCGACAGCUUCCUAAUGAAACGAGACUAUUUACAAUCGUUGAUAAAUCUUGGAAGGACAUUAUGCGCAAACUAGCGAAGGUACCACUAGCAAUGCCGGCUGCAACACAACCCAAGCUUUAUGAAGAAUUUGUGCGAAAUAACGAAAUGCUGGAUCAAAUCAUGAAGUGCUUAGAGGCGUACUUGGAAACUAAACGCGUCGCAUUUCCACGUUUCUUUUUCCUCUCUAACGAUGAACUGCUGGAAAUAUUGGCGCAGACCCGCAACCCGCAUGCAGUACAACCGCAUCUUCGCAAGUGUUUCGAUGCGAUUGCUAAACUUGAGUUUGGAGUGCGUUUACCUGAAAGCGAAAUGGAGAUAACAGAAGAUGGCACAUUGGUCGAAAAGGAGAUGUCGUUCAAUACGAGAGAUGCCUUACAAGCUAAGUUAGCCAAAACGGCUAAGCCUGAAGAUUUGACAACCGAUAUAAUAGCCAUGCUUUCGCCGGAAGGAGAAAGAGUUAAUUUGGGCAAGGGUCUAAAAGCUCGAGGGAAUGUGGAAGAUUGGUUGGGUAAAGUAGAAGAAGCGAUGUUUGCAUCGGUGAAGCGCUGUAUGAAAUUUGCUUUGCGUGACUAUAUGCAGCGUCCACGAGUCGACUGGGUUACUCUCCAUGCUAACCAGGUUGUCCUAGCCGUAUCUCAAAUAAUGUGGGCAAAGGGCGUCCACGAAAUAUUCGCUCUGGAUCUGCCAUUGCGCAUUGACACCGGUCUUUUGAACUACGAGAAGAAGUGUAUUUCGGAUUUGAACGACCUAGCGGCUUUAACGCGGAAAGACCUCAGUCCUCUGUUCCGGAAAGUUCUGUGCGCUCUCAUCACAGUCGAUGUCCAUGCUCGGGAUACUAUCACGCAUAUGGUUGAGAAGCAUGUACAAAAGGCAGACGAUUUUGAGUGGUUGAAGAUGAUCCGCUACUACUGGGAGGAAGAAAUCGACAACUGUGUGGCGAGAAUGUCCAGCGCUAUGUACAUCUACGGACACGAAUAUCUUGGCGCUGGAGGUGUCCUAGUAAUAACACCGCUAACUGAUCGAUGCUACUUAUGCCUUAUGGGCGCCCUGCAACUCGAUCUUGGAGGCGCACCCGCGGGCCCCGCCGGCACUGGCAAGACGGAAACUACGAAGGAUCUUGCGAAGGCACUUGCCAUUCAAUGCGUCGUAUUUAAUUGCUCGGAAGGUCUGGACUACAAAAUGAUGGGGAGAUUCUUUUCGGGCUUGGCGACCUCCGGUGCUUGGUGCUGUUUCGACGAGUUCAAUCGUAUCGACAUCGAGGUGCUAUCAGUGAUCGCUCAGCAACUUAUUACCAUCAGAAACGCGAAGGUUGCUCGGCAGUCUCGGUUUAUGUUCGAGGGUCGGGAGAUUAAGCUAGUGCGAACGUGUGCCGCUUUCAUAACGAUGAACCCAGGCUACGCGGGCCGCACAGAACUGCCUGAUAACUUGAAGGCCUUGUUUCGACCUAUAUCCAUGAUGGUACCGGAUUAUGCAUUAAUCGCUGAAGUUAUUCUAUACUCCGAGGGCUUUGAAUCUUCUAAGGGUCUUGCUAAGAAAAUGGUGCAGAUGUACAAAUUGUCGAGUGAACAACUGUCCAAGCAGGAUCAUUACGACUUCGGAAUGCGCGCCGUUAAGAGUGUACUUGUAAUGGCUGGAGCAUUAAAACGAGCAAGUCCAGAUCAGCACGAAGAAAAAACGCUGCUUUGCGCGCUAAAUGAUAGCAACUUGCCCAAAUUCUUGGCGGCCGAUGCUAUACUCUUUGCUGGUAUUCUCUCAGAUCUGUUUCCUGGGGUCGAUUUACCAGAACGCGACUAUGCGGUUAUGGAGGAAGUAAUUAAAAUUAUUUUGCUGGAGAGAAAACUACAAAUAAUGGAAUGUCAAAUACGCAAAGUGAUUCAAUUACAUGAAACGAUGAUUGUGCGCUGGGGCGUGAUGCUUGUAGGACCUACUGGGGGCGGCAAAACUGUUGUGUUACACGUGCUAGGUGAUACGUACACAAGAUUAUGUGAGAACGGCGUGGUCGGUUCGCAGUACCAGAUUGUUCACAAGUAUAUAAUGAAUCCUAAAAGUCUAAGCAUUGGCGAGUUGUACGGUGAAGUCAAUCUACAGACCUUGGAAUGGCACGACGGCAUACUCCCAUUGUCGUUAAGAACUGCUGUUCAGUGCGAAGAUCCCGACCAUCAGUGGCUGAUAUGCGACGGUCCCGUGGACGCGGUGUGGAUCGAAAACAUGAACACUGUCCUCGAUGAUAACAAAAUGCUGUGUCUCUCCAAUUCCGAACGCAUAAAACUAACGCCCUAUGUUCAUAUGGUUUUUGAGGUAGCUGAUCUAGCCCAAGCCUCACCCGCGACCGUGUCUCGCUGUGGCAUGGUCUACAUCGACCCUAACGAGCUGGGUUACCUACCGUAUGUCCGCUCCUGGCUUGAAAGUGCGGUAGAGAAGAACAUCGUUCACCAGGAGAACGUGGACUUCCUCUAUGAACUGUUCAAGAUGAUCGAAAUUGGUUUUGUGCAUGUAAAUACAAAGUGCAGUGUUGGAAUCAAACAGGUUGACAUAAGUAAGGUGAUGGCUUUGUGCUGCCUCCUCGGCGCUUUGCUAUCGGAGCCGGGAGACAGGUUCACAGAAAAGUCCGCUGUCAAAGUGUAUAUCGCUCACACAUUUAUAUUCUGCUACGUUUGGUGCAUCGGUAGCAACAUCCUCGAAGUUAACAGGAAGACGUUUGAAGAAGUAAUUAAAAGGCAGUUCGAGGCUUUCGAGGAAGCAGAAUAUUUCCCUCAAGGCUUCAAUUUCUUUGAUAUGUUUAUGGACACUAAACAUCGCAAGUUGAAGGUGUGGGCAGAGAUAAUACCGGAGUUCAUAUACGACUGCAACCAACCGUUCUUCGAGACGCUAGUACCGACUGUAGACACGGUUCGAUACGGUUACCUCUUCGAGAAGCUACUGUCUGCUGGAAAGCCUGUCAUGUUUACGGGAAAUACUGGUGUGGGCAAAACUUGUAUUGCGGCUGAAAUUCUAAAAAAGAUGGCUGCUACCGGUAUAUACAUUCCGAUGAUAUUGAACUUUUCUGCACAAACUAGCAGUCCAAGAACACAGGAGGUAAUAGAGUUGCGCUUGGACAAGAGGCCGAGGAAAGCGAUCGGAGCGCCGCUUGGAAAAAAAGUUAUUAUAUUUAUUGACGAUGUGAACAUGCCUCGUCUCGAUGUAUACGGAGCCCAGCCUACCAUUGAAUUGCUUCGGCAGUUUCUUGAUUUUGGCGGUCUUUACGAUCGUGAUAAGCUAUACUGGAAAGAGAUUUUGGACGUGGUAUUGUCAUGCGCAUGUGCACCUCCCGGUGGAGGAAGGAAUCCUCUUACUGGCCGAUUCGUGAGACACUUUGCUAUGUUUUAUAUAUCGGCGCCCAACGCUGAUGCUAUGAAGACAAUAUUCAAGGCUAUUCUAUCCGGUCACAUGGAAGACUUUGUUACCGAAGUAUCCGUCCUCGGCGAUUCAAUAGUGAACGCUGCUGUGGAAGUAUAUCUCAAAAUUUGUUCGGAACUGUUGCCCACGCCUGCCAAAUCCCAUUACGUGUUUAAUCUGCGAGAUUUGUCUAAAUCCAUGCAGGGAGUAUUGCAGGCCAACGCUGCUUAUAUGAGAUCGCCACAAGCAAUGCUACGAUUAUUCUAUCACGAAUGUCUCCGUGUUUUUCACGACCGAUUGAUAAAUAUUGAAGAUAAAAGCUAUUUCUAUCAUCUUAUGAACACCGUCUGCCAGAAGAACUUCCAACAGCCGAUUCUCGAAAUACCAGAUGAUCCGAUUAUUGAACAACCACCUUUACUUCUCUUUGGCGAUUUCUUGAAUUCAGCCGCCCCUAAAGAAAAUAGAAUAUACCAGGAAAUACCUGAUAUGGAAAAAUUGAUGAUUGUAUUAAGGGAAUACCUAGAAGAAUACAACUCGACAGCUCGUGCGGAAAUGCAUCUGGUGUUGUUCCGUGAUGCUGUGGAGCACGUGGUUAGAGUAGCAAGAGUUUUCCGUGCAGAAAGAGGACAUUGUCUCAUGGUAGGGCCGGGAGGCUCCGGUCGGCGAUCCGUUGCAACGCUUGCUGGACACGUUAAUGAGUGCAAGUGCAUGGGCAUGGAGCUGAAGAGGAAUUACGACACGCCUGAGUUUCACGAUGAUCUUCGAAACAUGUACAUGCGUGCUGGAGUCGCCGGUGAGGAUACCGUGUUCCUCUUCACCGACACGCAGAUCACCAAGGAGGAGUUCCUCGAAGACAUCAACAACAUGCUUAAUUCAGGAGAAGUACCAAAUCUCUUCGAAGGUGAUUCAUAUGAGCAAGUACAGUCGGGUUGUCGCAACGAAGCAGCCAAAGUGGGCAUUAAUCCGAGCGACCGAGAUGCAGUGUAUUACUACUUUAUCAACCGUGUUCGCAGUAAACUGCAUCUUUGUAUUUGUAUGAGCCCUGUAGGGGAAGCGUUCAGACGUCGAUGCCGCAUGUUUCCGUCGCUAGUCAAUUGUUGUACGAUCGAUUGGUUCACGAAAUGGCCACCGGAGGCCCUACGGUCUGUGGCCAAACAAUGUUUGCAACCGCUGGAAAAUGACGUCAUCGUUGAAAAGAUCUCUACUCUCGCUGUGUCAAUGCAUCAGGAUGUAGACGUGAUGACGGAGCGUCUGUACGAAGAAAUGCGCAGAUACUUCUACACGACACCAAGCAGCUACCUCGACCUACUCAAGCUCUAUCUCAAUUUACUCGACAAAAAGCAACAGGAAAUCAUAAGGGGACGAGAUCGCAUUUCUUGUGGACUACAGAAACUGUAUGAAACCUACGAGGUGGUCGGUGUGAUGGAACAGCAAGUACGUGAAAUGGAACCUAUUCUAGCAAAAAAAGCCGAAGAGGGGAUGGCGCUCGUAGCUCGACUCAAAGUCGAACAGAAAGCUGCGGACGAAGUAAAGCAAGCUGUUAUGAAAGACGAAGCGGAAGCUAAGAUAAAAGCAGAGGAGGUGAAACAAAUAGCGGACGAAGCAAAAGCCGAUUUAGCGCUUGCGAUGCCUGCCAUGGAAGCUGCUCAAAAUGCUCUCAAAGCACUGAACAAGGCGGACAUAAACGAACUGAAGGCCUUCCAGAAACCGCCGCCGCUUGUCCGAUUUGUUAUGGAACCUGUGUGCAUACUGCUAGGAGCUAAACCUGAUUGGGAUUCAACGAAAAAAUUACUUGCGGAUGUGAACUUCAUUCGUAACUUAGAGGAAUACGACAAGGAUCAUAUCCCUGAUGCGAUGCUCAAGAAAAUAAAAGUGUAUUUGACACACAAAGACUUUAAUCCAGAUACCGUCGUUAAAGUUUCAAAGGUAUGCCGUUCUAUGGUCUUAUGGGUGCAAGCUAUUGAUAUGUAUGCAAAAGUCUUUAGAGUUGUAGAACCAAAGAUCUUAAAACACAAAGAAGCAGCGGGAAUAUUAAAGAGCGUAAUGGCGGUACUACGAGCUAAGCAAAAAGAGGUUGAGGCUAUAGAAGCACAGCUAGAGAAAAUGAUGAAUGAAUUAAAGGUUGUUGAAGAAGAGAGAAUAAAGCUACAGGCGGAUGUAGACUUGGCUGCCGCUAGGCUAAUGCGGGCAGGCAAACUGACUCAGGCUCUAGCAGAUGAGAAAACGCGUUGGGAGGAAGGCGUUAAGGCAGCAACAUUCAGACUGAAAUGCACAACGGGUGAUAUCAUAAUAGCGUCGGGCUGUAUUGCGUACUUUGGCGCCUUCCCUUCGCAUUACCGUCGCGAACUAGAAACUAAAUGGGUUCAACAGUGUCAGGAGUUAGAAAUACCUUCGUCAGAUACUUUUGAUCUAAUAACUGUAAUGGCGGACUCGUACACGGUGCGUACCUGGAACGCUCAAGGCUUACCGCGCGACGCCGUCUCUACUGAGAACGGUAUUCUGGUAACUCGUGCCGGAAGAUGGCCACUCACAAUCGAUCCACAAGAACAGGCGAAUAGAUGGAUAAAGAACAUGGAGCGCGACAACGGUAUACAGAUAACGAAGUUAAACGAUCCCGCAUACCUACGAAUGUUAGAAAAUUGCAUUAGACUGGGCUGGCCAAUGCUCAUAGAGGAUUUGGGUGAAACGCUGGAAGCCACCCUCGCGCCCGUGCUUCUCAAACAGACAUUUUUACAGGCGGGUCGUCUGCUCAUCCACCUCGGCGAUAGCGACAUCGAGUACGACACCAACUUUCGGCUGUACCUGACUACGAAGCUGGCCAACCCUCACUACUUACCGGAGAUCUGCAUACAAGUCACAUUAGUUAAUUUUACUGUCACGCUCUCUGGACUCGAGGAUCAGCUGCUUGCAGAUGUUGUACGCCUCGAACGACCAGAUCUAGAGCUACAGAGGUCGGAACUGAUCGUGCGCAUAAAUACCGACAAGGCGACGUUGUUAGAAAUAGAGGAUAAGAUACUGCGGCUACUUUACGCGUCGUCCGGCAACAUCCUGGAUGAUGAGGAACUGAUAGAAACCCUCAACGAGAGCAAGGAAACAUCAGAGAUAAUAAACGCCAGGCUAGAAGAAACUGAAGCGACGGAGAUCAGGAUAUCGGCGGCCAGGGAGAAGUAUCGCACGGUGGCGACGAGGGGCGCCGUUCUGUAUUUUGCAGUAGCACAGCUGGCAGACAUCGACCCUAUGUACCAGUUCUCGUUGAAGUAUUUCAAUCAGGUCUUCAACCAAGUGAUAGAAAAGAGUGAGAAGAGCGACAUCCUCGAACACAGGUUGGACAUUCUCCAUCGCGAGAUCACACUGUCUGUAUACCGGAAUGUGUCUCGUGGGUUGUUCGUGAGGCACAAGCUUGUGUUCAGUUUCCUGUUGAACGUGGCGAUAUACCUGCACGGUGGGCUCGUCUCCCAGCACCAGUGGAACUUUGUCCUGCGAGGAUCUGCUGGCGCUAAAGUGGUGCCGCCUAAAAAACCAGCGAUAGAAGCUCUCACGGAGCAAAUGUGGCUCACGAUUAAUUACUUGGAAGACAGUGAUAGCAGUUUCGCAGGUCUAGCUGGAGACUGUCUCAAAAAGAUUCCCAUUAAGCUGGGCACUUUUUCAUUGGACAUUCAUAUAAACAAAAAAGAUUUAUCAUCUCCGAAGAUAAAUUGGGACGAGGCACUGGAUCCGUUCCAAAAGUUAAUGUUAAUAAAAUGUCUAAAAGAAGAAAAGCUUGUCUUCGCCAUCGCCCAGUACGUGAGCACGAGCUUGGGAUCUGUGUUCAUAGAGAGUCCUACAGUUCAGCUUAAUACCUUGUAUGCUGAUACAGCUAGUUCAAUUCCUCUAGUGUUUGUACUGAGUACCGGGUCGGACCCUUUCGGCGCUUUCCAAAAGUUCGCAACUGAAAUGGGCAUGAGAGACAGAGUACAUUCUAUAUCUUUGGGUCAAGGACAAGGUCCCGUUGCGGAAAAAUUGAUAAAUAACGCUAAACCGAAGGGCGAUUGGGUUUUCUUACAGAACUGUCACUUAGCGGCGUCAUGGAUGUUAAGUCUUGAACUAAUAGUCGCCAACAUGAGCGGUGACCCCUCGAGUCUCCACGAAGAAUUCAGAUUGUUUUUGAGCUCUAUGCCGACCCCAAAAUUCCCAGUUUCAGUACUUCAGAAUUCUGUCAAGGUUACUAAUGAACCACCUAAAGGACUCAAAGCAAAUGUUAAAAGAGCUCUUAUAGAGAUUGAGGAUGACUUCUUUGAAAAUAACGUAUUGGGCCAAGACUGGCGAACAAUGCUGUUCGGUAUUUGCAUGUUCCACGCGAUCAUACAAGAGAGAAAAAAGUUUGGUCCCCUCGGUUGGAAUAUAACUUACGAGUUUAACAAUAGCGACCGUGAGUGCGCCAUGCUCAACCUACAAAUGUUUUGCGAAUCAGGUCACGUGCCUUGGGACGCCUUAGAAUAUAUUACUAGUCAGAUAACGUACGGCGGUCGCGUGACUGACAUGUGGGAUCAACGUUGCUUGACCACCAUCCUUAAGCAAUUCUUCUCGCCGGCGACGCUAGAUGAGGGCUACACUUAUUCCCCGUCAGGCGUCUAUUACUGCCCACGGUUGGAGAAACUAAGCGCCGUUCGUGACUACAUUGAUACGCUACCUGUCAUCGAGGACCCGGAAAUAUUCGGAAUGCACGAGAACGCUAAUAUUGCUUAUGAGCACAAAGAAACAAGCACAUUAAUAAAGACGAUAGUAGACGUCCAACCUAGGUCUGGAAGUACGGGGGGUGGUGACACUCCCGAUCAGAUAGUAUGGCGUAUUUGUGAACAAACAAGGGCUGCAGUUGUUCAAUCAGUGGACCGUACAAAGGCCCACCCUGAUCUGCUGACGCCAGAUGACGCUGGCCAGCUCCACUCUCUCACCACUGUAUUACUACACGAAACUGAUAGAUUCAACACUCUACUCGCUCUCAUACACGCCUCGCUCAACGAACUACAGAAAGCGAUUAAGGGUAUUGUGGUAAUGUCGGAAGCGUACGAAGAGGUUUUCAACUCCUUCCUCAAUAACAAGGUGCCGGAGAUGUGGCACCGUCGCGGUUACAACUCGCUCAAGUCUCUCGGAAGCUGGAUUCAUGAUUUAACACUUCGUAUCGAUUUUAUUGAGCAAUGGCUCACAGAGGGCGCGCAGGCCAGUAGCUGGGUGUCGGGGCUGUUCUUCCCGCAGGGUCUCUUAACUGGCGCGCUACAAGCGUACGCCCGUCGUUACCGAGUACCCAUCGACGCUCUAAUCUUCGACUUUGUACCUCUACGCUGCUUCCUCUCGCAGGAAGAUGUUUACCGGCAGAACAAGAAGAAGACGAAGGAGGAGACGAGUGUUUUCGACUCGCUAGAAAAGCCCGAAGACGGUGUCAACAUUCACGGAUUGUUUAUUGACGCUGGACGCUGGGAUCCCGCAAAGAACUUGCUAGUCGAUGCAUUACCAGGUCAAAUGAAUCCCCCGCUGCCAGUGGUAUGGUUCAAGCCGGUUCUAUCGCUUCCUAAGCCGGACCUGCGGUACGAAGCCCCACUGUACAAGACAGCGGAACGAGCCGGAACACUGUCAACAACAGGCCACAGUACUAACUUCGUGCUACCCGUACGACUUCCCUCUGACAUGCAUGCAGACUUCUGGAUCGUACGCGGUACGGCACUGCUCACACAGAUCACCGAUUGACAUCUAUUGUUCUAUAUUAUACUCCUCCUAUUUUUUGUGAA